AUGCGUCUCGAGUUGGACCCGCCUCCGCAUGCACUAACCACCGGCGUGUCGCGGUUCCAUCUAUUUAACUACGAAAAACUACUAGCUCCAACAGCACCUGUCAAUAUCCAAGUACCUAUGGCUCCCAGUGCCAUAUCGCCUGCAAAAAAAUCUCGACGCAACUUUGAUGUAGGGGAUUACGACUUUGAGGAUCCUUUCAUCGAUGAUGGCGGAGGCAGGAAUGGGGACAUAUCGGAACAUUCCAGUCAGUUAUCUGGGUUUCCCCGUGCUUCCGAUUAUUAUAUUGAGGAGAUUCGGCGGGCUGUCCCGAAGAAGCGCCCUGUAGCUGAAGAGCCUAAACCUCCCAAGACAAAUGGCGCUGUAAUCAAGGAGGAAACACAAGACUCAAAGCAAAAACCGAAACACAAAGCUUCAAAGAAAAAGACACCGGAACAAGCACCUUACAAGCCAAAAAAGGGCUCCAAAAGUGCCAAACUCUCAGUGGGUCUUGCAAAGGAUACAAGCUCAAAGAGAACAAAGCCAAAAAAUAUGAAGACGCAUGAACAUAAGAAUGGAUCUGUGUCCAUAUCCAUUGACAUCGCACCGAUGGGACGAACAGAGGCUACGGACAGCAAAACUGGACCACCCCCUGUCGCGUCAAAAACGGUUGCCCAAAUGCUACAGGAUUCAGCUCCUGGGCUUCUUGGGGCCUUUGAGCAACGAUGGGGAAGUCGUAMAAGCAUUUCGGGACCUGACGCCCAUAUGGUUCUCAAUGAGAUCCGUGAGAAUAUGCUGUUGCUUUUCGAUGAUGAUGCCGAUGAAGACCAGACACAAAAGGAAAUACCUAGUGAAUCAACAAAAAGGAUUAUUGAUGAGUCUACCUCUGAGUUGGUUUAUGAAGCAAUUGGAGAAAAAACUUUUGAGAUGUCACCGACAGAUAUUCUCACGCUUGAAAGUGGAAAUGCUAGCGAGUCCAUGGAUGUUUCUUGCAAGGAAAUUUCUUCUUUGGAAAAAAAUCGUGAUAGCUCAGUCACUAUCACUCGAGGAGCAGAUCGCGGGGGUAAAUAUUCUGCGGUCAGUGUGGCGCUUACAAAAAUCCCUAUAGAAGAGCUUGGAGCUCUGAUUGAUGAUAUCUCUGCGGAGCAGGAGAACCGGCUCAAUGCCAUUCGUGCUACACUUAAAGCAUGCGAUGAGAAGAAAAAACCACUAGUCUCGCUCCAGCGACUUAUAUAUGAAUUUGUGGAAGCUUUUGUGAUCAGAGAGCUUCUGCUUGCGACGAAAAUCUCCAACACCGAGUUACUGAUGAAGAGUCGACUAACACUGCGGCGCUCGGCAUAUGCUGCUCUGCUGCUUGCACUCUCGCCAUCCUCGCAGACACUAUCGACAAGCACUUUUGCAAAGGCUUACGCACGAGAGAAGCGGAAGCGCGUUGCAGCCAACAUGACGAGUAUGGAGCCAAUAGGUCAUACAGAAAUCCUAUCUCAGGAAACCGGAGAUUUGCCCUGUGUGGUAUCUAUAGAACCGGCGUCGAAAUCGCUUUUAUCUAUGCCAGUCUGCAAACCAGCUUCUGUUAUGCCAGAUCCCCCCCGCCGGCGGAUCCUCGCUGAUGAGCCUGACGGCUCUUCUAUCAGAGCUGCAGUAUUUGCACACCUUUCUGCUUUACAUAAAAUGGCCGAAAGGCGAGGCAAAGUUGAGUCAAAAACGAUUGUUCCCUUGGCAAUGGAGCUGCAUCAUACUAUCAAAGAGGGGGAUCUAAUCCUUCCUGCGGUAGAUUCUGUUUAUCCUGCUUCUGAACUGGAAUUACCGGCAGAUAUAGGGAUUCCUAUAGCGGAACAAUACUCUCCCUCUGAUUCUCCUUUGUCUGAUGUAAGUCAUAUUGAACACAUUGAGCAUCCGAAGCCCGUUUCACCGAUGGUACAUGCGAGCGUCUUAAAAGGUUUGGAAACCCCCGCCUCUCAUGUGGCCGUCUUGAACUCUCCUAUAUCUUCCAGGCUUGGAGAAUAUCGGAUGUGUGAUGCAGCCAUUGGUGAAGCUAAAAAAACAUAG